UAUUCUCAAAACUUCAAACUUUUAAGUUAUAUUUAAUUAAUUUAUUAUAUAGUCUUGCCUUGCCAUGACGAUAAAGAGGAGCAAAGAAGAAGACUUAACAGUAGAGACACUAGCAAUGGCUAAUUGUGUCAGUAUUUUAGAGAAGAACAGUUCAUUAGCACGUCGAUUUUAUGAGUGCAAAACUUGUAAGAGGCAAUUUGAAUCGUUCCAAGCUUUAGGGGGACACAGAGCAAGUCAUAAGAAACCAAAACUCGAAAAAGGUUCAGAUUCAAUUAAAUCUAAGACGAAGAAACAUCAAUGCUCGUAUUGUGGCGAAGAAUUUGCACUUGGACAAGCGUUGGGUGGACAUAUGAGAAAACAUCGCGAUAAAUUAAUGGAGAAACAGGAGGAGAAAAAUCAUACUAAAUGUAAAUCUGAUGAUGAUUUAUUGAAGGCAGAGAAAAAGAGCAAAUCGAAUAGCGAUAAGAAAUUAUUUUUAGAUUUGAAUUUGACGCCAUAUGAGAAUGAUUUGAUGUUGGGAAUUAUACCAGCCUUUACAGUAGUUCAUUCUUUGUUUGGAUCACAUUCGUCACAACUAAACAGUCCUUAUCCAAUAUGCACAACGCGUAAACUUCCACAUGCACUAGAAACUAGAAACACUGACUUAUUAGCCAUCUAUAUAAUAUGUGAAGCAAUACAUCCAAAGCAUAUAGUAUCUAAUUUCAAGCAACAUUUCAUUCAUAAAAGAACUUCACAUUUCCUGUAUGCAAUGAUGAAACGAAGAAGAGAAUACGAUGGUCAAGUUGAAGCACAAGCAAUGGCUAAUUGUUUAAUGCUUUUAUCAUCCAUCGAUCGAGAUCGUCGCGUUAAUUCAUUUGAAUGCAAGACAUGCAAAAGAACAUUUUCAUCUUUCCAAGCACUUGGAGGUCAUAGAACAAGUCAUAAAUCGUCCCUGAAAUCAUCGUCGAUAGAUGCUGAGAAGCCUCUCCACGACAAAUUAUCUAAAAAACGCAAGGUGGUACAUGAAUGCUCGAUUUGUGGGAUGGAGUUUUCGAUGGGACAGGCUUUAGGUGGACAUAUGAGGCGUCAUCGUGCUAGCACCGUUAAUGAAAUUGAAGAAUCGAAGGAGAGAAAGAUACCAGUAUUGAAGAAAUCGAAUAGUAGCAAGAGAAUAUUUUGUGUGGAUCUUAAUUUAACUCCUGAUGAAAAUGAUUUUCAAUUAUGGCACACAGCACCUACUGCUCCUGUUUUGCGCUGCUUUUUCUGA